AUGGCAGCUUACAUCGAGGACUUGUACACCGGCGAUCAUUUGUCUCGGUUUAACCGAGUAAUGACGGUCAUGAGAGUCAGUAAUGACGCCAAGUGCUUAUGCUUUCCACUAACGUUAAGUGGGUCCGCAGAGGAAUGGUUCAAAAAGUUGGAACCAGGAUCUGUGGACUGCUGGAACAAGGUGCAAGUCAGCUUCCGGAGACAGUUCGUCCCUGCGAGGAAGAUUAAUCUCGAAGGCAUAAAACCCAACACUACCUUCGGUUACUCCACAAAUGAGCGGUAUACAAUUCUCCGCAACUCCAGGAUACAAUCAGAGCCAAGCCUUGGCUUCCGCAUCUUCGCACUACGGGAACCCCUCGGGGAUAACGGACAAGUCCCGUCUCACUCUGCUCCUGCUGCAAGCCUAAUCGGACCUUCUCAAGGCUCCAGGAGCAAGAGGUCCUCGAAAGGCAGCAACCGGACGGAGGACAAGCACCAAAAAAGAGGGUAUACUCCCCAAUACACCCAGUACACGGAGCUGACAGACUCACAAGCAAGUGUGUAUUUCGCCACGAGGCAAAAUACACACUACCAGAGACUGCUCCCCCUGUACCGAGAUAGUUCCCGAAGGGAUCCCAACAAAAGAUGCGAGUACCACAACGACAUUGGACAUAGUACUAAUGAGUGCAAAAACCUCAUAGAUGAGAUCGAAAAUUUGGUUCGGUUGGGCCACCUCUAUGAGUGGAUCAAGAACCGGCUGCCUCAUCUCAACCCAGUUCCGGUAGGGGGUCCUUUGCCCCAGGGGGCGCCACGGGGUGCGCCCGGAGCGCUGGCACCAGCUGCACCCUCAGGAGGGCCUCAACAGACCCUUGGCCUGCCACCAAGACCCAACGAAAUAGUGGCUAUGAUAUCUGGUGGGCCCCAUAUUUGA